AUGGUUUUGCUUCAAUUGCAACGGCAAGCGUUAAAUGGCGCCUUGUCGCCGACGAUGAAUUCUUCAGUGGUCGAAAGUAAUCUUGAAAGAUUGUCCGAUCGUAAAUCACCAACUCGUGAAUCGGAUAUGAACGAUUCGUUGAAACUUUUGGCUGCUUUUGACAUGAAUUCCGAUUUAUUGCAGAUGGCACAAAAUCAACAUAAAAGCCCAUCGAUUCUAUCAGAGGUUGAUGUUGUGAAAGAGGAAGAAUUACUGAAGCAACAUCAGGCGAACAAUAAUAGCAAUAGCAGUAGUAAUAGCACAAGUGCGCCUACUACGCCGCCUUCUCUUUCGAGUAAUGACACACGUGCUAGAUCAAAUACUAUGCCAAAGUUAUCAUCACCCGUUAGCUCUCAACUACAACCCCGAUUACCUAAUGUAUCUCGUUCCGUUCCAACUUCAAGGCGUAACUCAAAUGAGACUCCCGAGAAACCUGCCUGGCCUGAGAUUGAGAGACUCGCGAUACACGAUAAAGACGAUGAGCCACAUGACAAUAAUACAGAGAAAGCUGCGAAACGUAUUUCCUCUGCUCACCCUCAAAGUCUAUUGCAAGCAGCUCUAACGCGUAAUAUGAUGGAGGACACAAAUAAUGUAGCUACUUCUACAGGUGCUGCUCCUGCAAUUAAUAAUAACACGGAUAGCUCAUUAUUUCCACAAUUUAACGAAAAGUUCUUGUAUGAGGACGAUGGUGAAGCCUCCGGAAAUGGAAAUUUAGGUCCUUCUUAUGUUAAUCGAUACCUUCAGAUGAACACGGAUAAUGAUAAAUUUCCUAUUCUGGUUCGACGCGAUAGUUUCCCUGGAAUGCUAUCCGCAUCAUCAGCAGCUCUUGAUUUAGCACCAUUAGCGCAAACCUCACCAAGACAUACACGCGGUUGGGAAGCAUUCCGUAACACUGAUUGGACUCAAUAUAAACAACAUGAAGCAACUGAGCGUCAUUCUGCAACACGCUCACAUCUCGAUCAAAUGACGACGUUUUUCUCGGAACCAGCGACAGCAACAACUGCAACAUCAUCUACACCGUCUAUUACCUCUUCCACCUCCAACAAGAAACAGCUCACCGAUCUUAUCUCUUCUGAAAAUGUUUAUUCGUCGUCGUCUUCAUCUUCGAACGAUAGAAAGAAGCUGGACACUUUGAUUACAGAAAAUAUAUCGAAAAGACCACAAAAACUUUCGAACUCUUUUUCGACACCAGAUUUACAGAGUGGAGGUCGAUUAGUUCGUCGUGACAGAGCUCUUACGGAAUUUGAAGAAUCUCAAUUAAUUCAAGCGAUGCAUUUACAGAACACCAAUGAAUAUACACUCGCUUCCGCUUCUGGCGUAUGUCGCUUCUAUCAGCAGGGAUUCUGUUCACGAGGUGAACGAUGUCAGUAUGCGCAUACACAUCAUCAUUCGCUGCUAAAUCGUGAUGCCGGAUCAUUAUCGUCAAUGGGACUCCCACAAAUGGGAUUCCCGGGUGUUAUGCCUCAAUUGAACAGUGCUGCCGCUGCUGCUUUAUACAGUCAGUAUAAUAUGAAUGGACUUAAUACUCUGGCCAUGUUUUCAGGCUCGACAAAUUUCGGAUACAAUCAAAAUCUCGCCAACAUAAAUGCAGCUCUUGGUAAUCAUCGAGGAGUAUUACCCCAAAAUAAUAAUGCCCUGUCAAAAAUCAAUCAAAAACGAAUGAAUAAUGAUCUUGAAGUCAACAGAUUUUCGGGUGUGCAACUUGAAGAUUUAAUGGGUGAGAUCUAUUCACUUUGUAAAGAUCAACACGGAUGUAGAUACUUGCAAAAGAAGCUCGAGGAGAAAAAUGAAAAGUACAUCAAUAUGAUUUUCAAUGAAGUCUUUAGCCAUUUCGUUGAAUUGAUGACGGAUCCAUUUGGCAAUUACCUGUGUCAAAAAUUACUCGAAUAUUGUAACGACGAUCAACGUACCAUUAUUGUCGAGACCGUCGCUCCUGAAUUGGUUAACAUCUCAUUAAAUAUGCAUGGAACUCGUGCAGUUCAAAAAAUGAUUGAAUUUUUGUCGACAUCGCAACAAAUGAGACGCACCGGGAGACAAGCUAUUCGAAUGGUUAUUGUUGCAUUAAACCCAAAUGUCGUUACUCUAAUUAAGGACUUGAAUGGGAAUCAUGUAAUUCAAAAAUGCCUUAAUCGUUUGAGUUCGGAAGAUAAUCAAUUCAUUUACAAUGCGGUUAGUCAGCACUGUGUCGAGGUCGCUACGCAUCGACAUGGAUGUUGUGUACUUCAACGAUGUAUUGAUCAUGCUUCCGACGGUCAAAAGUUCCAAUUGGUGAACGAGAUCACAUAUAAUGCUUUAACCUUAGUGCAAGAUCCAUUCGGAAAUUAUGUUGUUCAAUAUGUUCUGGAUCUUGGUGAUAUUCGCUUUACUGAUGCAUUGAUCCGCAGAUUCAUCGGGAACGUGUGCCUAUUAUCGGUGCAAAAGUUUAGCUCUAAUGUCAUGGAAAAGUGUAUCCGGGUUGCAGAGCCAGAAACACGGAAAUACCUGAUCGAGGAGAUGCUUAAUAAGAGUCGACUCGAUAAGUUGUUGCGAGAUUCUUAUGCCAAUUAUGUGGUGCAGACAUCUUUGGAUUAUGCUGAUCCCGUACAGCGUGCGCAAUUGGUAGAAUGUAUUCGACCGUUACUUCCCGCCAUUCGAAAUACCCCAUAUGGUAAACGUAUUCAAGGAAAAUUACACCGCGAACAACAAUUGCAGGCCAUGAACUCGAUAAACAAUAUUAAUAUGAACAAUUUAAGUAUGCUUGGUUACCCUUUCAAUGGGCUCAGCAAUUUCAAUAACCUUAAUAGCAUUGGUAUGCUUGGGUUAAAUGACUACGCACCCGCUUAUCCAUACUUGUAA